UCUGUUCCCUCUUAUUUCUAUUUUUAGCAAAAAAGUCCCAACUACUUAACUGCUAAAUUGGUAACCUUCAUCGACCAUGGCAUUGGCAGCUCCUCAAUUUCAAGCCAGUUUCCGAUUCAAACGUUUCUUCUCUCACCAAAGCUCAUGUUUCAAAGACACUGAGCAAUGUAAGCUUGGUGCGCCAAAAAGCUCAGAUGAAAGGAUGCCAUCACUAAAUUUCAAAAAGUUGCUAAGAAGGUCAGUCCUGCAGUUUGUUGGAUUGAGUCCCAUCUUCAUAAGUAUUCCUCCUGUCUUAUCUGCACCAAUGCAGGAAAUGAGAGAACCUGAUGUUAUCCGGACCCUAAAGCUUGAUAGUGGAGUGAGGAUACAAGAUGUUGUUGAAGGGGAAGGACCCGAGGCACGUGAAGGAGAUAUUGUUGAAAUUAAUUAUGUCUGCCGACGAUCAAAUGGAUAUUUUGUCCACAGUACAGUGGACCAAUUCAGCGGAGAGAGUGCCCCUGUCAUACUUCCUCUGGAUGAUAAACAGGUCAUGGUUUAUGCUAGCUUUGGGCUUAAAAUAGAAAUUCUAAAGAUAAUAGAAGGUCUGAAAGAAGUUUUGAUUGGAAUGAAGCCUGGAGGAAAAAGAAGAGCAUUGAUACCGCCUUCUGUUGGAUACAUAAAUGAAAACUUGCAACCAGUACCUGAAGAGUUUGGACCAAGGCGUAGCCUUAUGUCUCACAUGAAGGAGCCUCUAAUUUUUGAAGUGCAGCUGUUGAAAGUUUUAUGAGUACCAUAUUCGUUAUUAGUGCAUAAGUUUCCU